AUGCAGACGGGUAGGUGGCGCAGCAUGUGGACAGACGGGCGGCGCAGUGCGCUGCCUGCGGGCGGCGCGGCGCGCUGGCCUGCGGGCGGCGCGGCAGGUCGACGGGCAGGCGGCGCGGCGGGUCGACAGGCGGGCGGCGCGACGCGCGGGCCUAUGGGCGGCGCGGCGGGUCGGCGGGCGGGCUGCGCGGCUGGUCGACGGACGGGCGGCGCGGCGAGCGGGCCUACGGGCGGCACGGCGGGUCGACGGGCGGGCCUACGGGAGGCGCGACGCGCGGGCCUACGGGCGGCACAGCGGGUCGACGGGCGGGCCUACGGGCGGGUCGACGGGCAGGCCUACGGGCGGGUCGACGGGCAGGCCUACAGGCGGGUCGACGGGCGGGCCUACGGACGGCGUGACGCGCGGGCAGGCCUACGGGCGGGUCGACGGGCAGGCCUACGGGCGGGUCGACGGGCGGGUCGACGGGCGGGCAUACGGGCGGCGCGACGCGCGGGCAGGCCUACGGGCGGGUGCGCGGGCAGGCCUAUGGGCGGGUCGACGGGCAGGCCUACGGGCGGGUGCGCUAGCGGGCAGCGCGGUGCGCUGGCGUGGCACGAUGACGUUGCAAGGAUACCGGCAAGUACUGCCAUGUUCCAGUCGUCUCUUGCCAAACAAAACCUCCGCCAAUCUCACCGGCCCUCCGCGCUCUUCCUCUCCCAAUCCGGCUUUCGCGGCUCGCGUUCGAUCGCGACAGCCAUGGCGCAUCGACUCGCGGCGUCCCUGAAGUUACGGCGGGCGGCGCAGCAAGUGAUGGAGGGCGUCCUCCCGCGCGCCAACCUCGGCGAUACCACUUCAAGUGCGACUAAUGGCACCGCCCUGGCAGGAGCGCGAAGUGCCGGGAGUGCGACAGAGCACGCGGAGGCAGCAGCACAGCCGAUCCUUGAGCGUGAGGAGCGGCGGCACGGUAGCAAGCAUCAGCAUCAUCAGCAUAAGGAGCAUGGCACCGCCCACCGCCCUUCCCAGACUGCCUCCUCCCUCUACUCCCGCCGCUUCUCCCGCUCAGCUUCCCUCACUCUUCCCCACCUCUCUUCACCCAUUCCUUCCUCACACUCCCUCGCUCUCUCCGCAGGUUCCUCCCCUCCUUUGCCCUCUUCUCCUCCCUCCGCCACGCUCCCAGCUACCGCCUCUGCUUCACGUCCUUCUUCCUGCACCGCGUCUCCCUCGCACUCCCAUGACUACCCGGCCCUUCACUUCCCCUCCGCCCGCCCGUCACCACCAACUGGUGCACCGGCCAUGCUUGUGCUCCUCCCCAGAUUCACCGCACCUGCCCAGCACCCAACCCUAACACACAGCUGUGGCACAAGCCCUCCCGUAAACCCUGUCUCCAUUCUGAAAACGAGCCAGUCUUGCCCAGAUCAUCUGAAUUCUACCACCGAAUCAAAUUGCCUGGCCCGGCCGAGCCUAACUUCCUGCCUGAGCCAAGGCCGAACUUGGCGCAGCCAGAAGUCAGGGGGGACGAGCCCAGAGGAGGAUGAUUCGGAUUUGAAGCAAGCUGCGGGACCGAAGCUGGUGCGGCGUGUGUCGUUCAACAGCAUUGUGCGUGUGCGGCGGUUCAUCGAGCUUCCUCCGGAUGCUGACAGCUACUGCAACGACACUGGUGGGGGUUGUGCCACCGGCCAAAUUGCAUACAGCAACCACAAGCACCAGCGGCAGCAGCAGCAGCAGCAAAAGACAGAACUCCUUGACUCUCACUCUGCCCCACGUGAAUGUUUCAACAGUCACCCUCUUGCCUCCGUACGGCCCCCCUCCGUCCUUUCCUCGUACCCCGUUUCUUCCCCCACCUCCACCUCUUCCCCCUCGUCCCCCUCCUCUCCAUCCUCCCAAUCUUCCCACUCCUUCCUCUCUUCCCCCUCCUCCCAAACUUCCCCCUCCUCCCACUACUCCCUAUCCUCCCCCUCCUCCCCUUCCUGCCCCUCGUACCCCUCCUCCCCCCGUUCCCUCUCCCCCUCCUCUUCCUCGCUUUCGCCCCGCUGCCCCACACCCCCACCUGCCCACAUGCGCAAGUGUCUGCCCCCGUCGCCCACUGCCAGAAGGCUGAGAGCACAGCUGAGAGCAGCGGCAGCAAGGCAGGCCAGUGAGCAGCCUGUGGGAGGCACGGGUGGUGGGAUCUUCUUCUGA